AGGUAGCUUUCGAAGAGCGAGUCUUCUGUUGCUUUUAGCUUACUAACGAUAAAUAUUUAAAGGUUUAUUUUUUACUUUGUGUCGUUGUGUUGUAUUUUGACAAAGCUAAAUAGCUCAACUGUUGGCCAAGUCAUUAAACUGGAGUCUUUUCGAAAUGCCAAAUAACGCUGCAGCAUCAAUGAGAAAGGGCUCAACUGUUCAGAAGGUCAUUUUACCUGGUGCGAAGUCAACCAAAGCUGCAAACAAGAAAAAGGAUGAGGACGAGGGAGUGGAUGCAGCUGAUGGAUGGGAUGAGUGGACUCAUGGGAAAGCACUUAUUAAGCCUCCAGAUCAACUAGAGCUCACUGAGGCUGGCCUGAAAGAGGAAAUUACAAGGAUCCUGACUGCAAACAACCCACACGCCCCCCAAAAUAUUGUCCGAUACAGCUUCAAGGAACGUUCUUACAAGCCUACCAGUGCUGUGGAUCAGAUGGCUGUUCACUUUGUGUUGGAGGGCAGCCUCUUGCAUCAAGACUCUGAUGAGGCUUGUAGACUGAGGGCCAAGGAGGGUCUCCCUGAGGAGACUGCAACAGUCGACACUGGAGCAGAACCGGAUGAGGAGAAACCAGAAACCCUGGCAACACUUGUAGAGGAUGGAGGGGAAGUGGAGGAAGCUGGAGAAGAGGACAGACCAGACAGUGCUGCCUCCAAAACCGACAGAAAGGAGCCAAAAGUUACUAACCAGUUCAACUUCAGUGAGAGGGCCUCCCAGACCCUCAAUAACCCACUGCGGGAGAGAAGCUGCCAGACUGAACCUCCUCCACGCAGCAUCUUCACCGCCACCGCUACUCAGUGGGAGAUCUAUGAUGCGUAUGUAGAGGAGCUUCAGAAACAAGAAAAAAAUAAAGAGAAGCAGAAGGCAUCAAAGAAAGAUAAUGACAAAAGCAAGAAGAAGACAAUGCUGAUGGAGACUCAGACUGAUGACAUCACCAAAGUGGUAAAGGCGUCCAAGAUCUUUGAGCGAAUGGUUAAUCAGAAUACGUUUGAUGACAUAGCACAAGAUUUCAAAUACUUUGAGGAUGCGUCUGAUGAGUUCAGGGAUCAGGAGGGCACCCUUCUUCCUUUGUGGAAGUUUCAAUAUGACAAAGCCAAAAGACUGUCUGUCACUGCCCUCUGCUGGAAUAAGAAAUACCAGGACCUUUUUGCUGUGGGAAUGGGAUCAUACGACUUCAGUAAGCAGGGGCGUGGCAUGCUUGUCUACUACUCAUUGAAGAACUCUGCCUUCCCAGAGUACAUCUAUCCCACCCAUUCUGGUGUCCUGUGCCUCGACAUCCAUGAGCAGCACUCCUACCUGGUGGCGGUAGGCUUCUAUGACGGCUGUGUGGCUGUCUACAAAUUGAAGGAGAAGGGAUUUGAGCCUAUGUAUAAGAGUUCAGCUAAGACUGGCAAGCACACAGACCCCGUCUGGCAGGUGCGCUGGCAGAACGAUGACAUGGACAAUAACCACAAUUUCUAUUCUGUGUCAUCUGAUGGUCGAGUUGUGUCCUGGACACUCGUCAAGAAUGAGCUGGUCUUUACAGACAUUAUCAGGCUGUCACUAAAUGGUGCUGUCUCUGAGGGGCCAGAACAGCAGCCUGGCAUCGCCUAUGGAACAUCGUUUGACUUUCAUAAACAGAUCGACUAUCUCUUCCUGGUGGGCACAGAGGAGGGAAAAAUACACAAGUGCUCCAAGACUUACUCAAGCCAGUUCCUGGAGACCUAUGAUGCCCACAGUAUGGCAGUCGAUGCUAUAAAGUGGAACCAUUUCCACCCAAAGGUUUUCAUCUCCUGCAGUUCAGACUGGACCGUCAAGAUCUGGGACCAUACCAUCAACACUCCACUGUUCACCUUUGAUCUGAAUGCAGCUGUUGGUGAUGUUUCCUGGUCUCCAUACUCCUCCACUGUUUUCGCUGCUGUCACAACAGAUGGAACAGUCCAUGUCUUUGACCUCAGCAUCAACAAAUAUGAGGCCAUCUGCCAGCAGCUAGUGGUGGCCAAAAAGACCAAGCUGACUCACAUCGAGUUUAAUCCCAUAUAUCCCAUCAUCAUAGUGGGCGAUGACCGAGGCUAUGUCAGCAGCCUCAAACUCUCCCCUAACCUCCGCAAGAAACCCAAGGGCAAGAAGGGUCAGGAGCAGCCUAAGGGUCCAGAUAUGGAAGUAGCCAAGAUGGAGAAGCUCCUCAGUCUGCUGAGGGAACCGGAGCACAGCACAGUUUAACGUGGUCACCGUGGCUCCCCAACACAGCAACAUGGUCAGGGUCACCAAAGAGGAAUUAUGAACAACCCGGACCGAGUAAACAACAUCUACAGCCGUGAGUGAGACUCUGGGGACUACACGACGGCACACCGUGAACUGACCAGCAGAGGGAGCCAAACAACCACAAAUGGCGCACGUAGCUCUGAGUUUGUUUUUCUCAAUGAGAAUGUUUUCAAACCAUAUUUCCCUCCAGUGUAGAGCUCUGACGCCCUUCAGUCUGUGACCUCUAAAUUUUUACAUUGUAGAUCAUAGCUUUAUUCACUGGAGAUGAGCCUGUAAGAACCGGCUCAGAGAUUAAUAUCGACCACAUUUAAGAAGCCAAUUUUAGUCGAGUUAACUGGAUUUCUUUUCUCCAUAACAUUUCAAUGUGUAAAGACAAGAAAUAUUACAUGUACAGAGCCACAGAGGGCAUUCUUAGCAUGUCUCGACUGAGAUGUGCAUCAAAUGUAAAGGUCGACCUGGUGAAAGCUGUUCAGGUGUGUUUUAGCAAGUUGCCAUAAAUGUGUUAUUACUGAGACAUUAUUAUUGUCUCUUACAUGUACAGGUCUAUAAUUUGACUAACAAGAUUUAGUCAUUUGUCCAGCAAUAACUCAAACUCCCUUUUAACUUAAACGGUUAAGCACAUUACUAAUUGUGACAUGAAGUAAAUAUUUAUUUGAUACAACUGCCCAUAAAUGUCAAUGCUUAUGUUGUGUUAAGUUUCUGCAGCCUGGUCUCACCAAACACAACGUAACUGCAUCGUCAAUUACCUUUCGAGGGAAACGUACUUUC